GUAAAUGAUGAUUAAGAGACAAGAUGUUCUGAUAAGUGACAAAUUUUGCUCUUUGUAAAAAGAAAAAUCUUCUUCAUAGGCUGUGAAUUUUCAUAUUUUCUUUCACAAUACAUAAAGGUGUGGUUAUAUAGAUAAAGGUUCAAUUAUACAUAUGCAUAAUUAUAGACAACUGUGCUCCAUGUUAUAUCGCAUGUAAGGUCAUGAUUUACUCCAGACGUGACCUGUCGGCACGUCUGCUUAUUAUGUGUGUGCUUAAAAUAUAUAUGGGGAUGCGAUACAUAUGACACAUACUCACCUCAAUGUCAACGCAGCAUGUCGCUUUAUAUUCAAUGUGCAGCAGGGGAAAACAAAGGCAGUGCCAGUAGUAAGAAGCUAAUAUUGGUUACAAAGGGCAGCUGACCACUAUAUAUUUAGCACAGGGCCAAUGCAAAGGAGUGAUUUUAACCAUGGCAUGGGUUGGCAUUCCCUUUUCCCAAAGGCUUGUGGAUAGUGAAGAAGGCAGGGACGUGUGUGUGUGUGUGUCAGAGAGAGAGAUAGAUAGAGGGGGGAGUGUAGUGGUGUGAAGCCUCAGUUCAGUAGCCAGAGUCGUUGGAGGUACAGAGCUCUCUGCAGUCAAGCAGCAUGUUUCUUUUCACACUCGGACUGUAUUUACCUCUCCUCCUUCAUUAUGCUUCGUCACACUCCUUCAUGGACAACAUUUUCUCCUUUCCAGCAGAUCUGGAACCCAGGAAGAAAUUUAACCCGUGCUGUUUAUUGACUCCGCCUCCACCCCCGUUGUUGCCCCCACCCUCGUCGCUGUGGCACAAGCCUUGGAGUGAUCAUGGCAAUGUAUGGAGAGAUGGGAAUACAGAGGGAGUGGAUAAGAAGUCACCAGUCACCUGCCGGGUGGGAGCACCCGGACCAGCCGGACCGGCAGGACCUCAGGGUCCUCCUGGAUUACCAGGACCAAAGGGACCAAAAGGAGAAAAGGGAGAAAUUGGGAGACCCGGACAAAAGGGGCGCACUGGCUCCCCAGGCCUACCAGGGCGACCGGGACCAAAUGGAUGGCCAGGACAGAGUGGGCCCAAGGGGGAGAAAGGUGACUCUGGGCUGAUGGGCUUGCCUGGAGCACGAGGACCAAUAGGACCCAAGGGAUUGCCUGGAUACAAAGGAGAAAAGGGCUCACGGGGCGACCGCGGUGAAGCUGGCCAAAAGGGUCAGAAGGGCACAAUGGGUCUGCCGGGAAUGCUUGGCCAGAAGGGUGAAAUGGGCCCGAAAGGAGAGUCUGGCAUCCCAGGAAGCAGAGGACCCACUGGGCAACCAGGAAAAAGAGGCAAACAGGGUCCAAAGGGAGACACUGGUCUCACAGGACUAAUGGGACCAGCAGGCCCUCAGGGACCCCCUGGUCAUCCAGGUCCUCCUGGUCUGCCUGCUUCAGGGCUGUACGUGGUGGGGCCAAAAGGGGAAAAAGGGCAACCAGGUAACCCAGGCCAUUGUGGCUGUAACUCUCUUGUGAAUAUGAACAACCCUUCUAGCUCAUUUGACCAGAACUCCAGGAGCAGCUAUCCCAGGGUGCCAGCGAUUUUUGUGGUGAAGAAUGAACAAGAACUCGACCGUCUCCACACUGAUAAUGCACUGGCUUUCCGGAAAGAUCAGAGGACUCUAUAUUUCAAGGACGCUGAUGGAUGGUUGCCAAUUCAGCUAACACCAUUUCAGUCAACGGAGCAUGCGCCAGAUCAGGACGGUUUCUGCGGGGAUGGCACUGUGCAGGUGGAGAAUGGAGAGGAGUGUGAUGAUGGAAACAAGGUUGUCACAGACGGCUGUGUCAAGUGCAGACACGCAUAUUGCGGUGAUAGCUAUCGGUAUGACGGAGCUGAGGAGUGUGAUGGAAAAGACUUUGGAUAUCAAACCUGCAACUCUUAUCUGCCUGGAUCUUAUGGACAUCUUAAAUGCACCGUCGAUUGUUUCAUUGACUCCACAAGCUGCAAGUAUUUUACAUGAGGAAGACAAGAAAAAACAUGGAGCCCCACACUGUCUUGUGAAAGUAGCAGGGAACAAGACUGGCACUGCAAACAAACAGACAAUUAAAAUACAUUGUUUAUUUGGGGCAGGGGGAUACAAACAUGCAUAUUAUACUAGUUUGUUGCAAUGCUGCUGAGAAGAAGCCACAUAGUUCACUCGAAAAAGAGCACUCUGCUCAGUCAUGGCAACCGCACAGGACCCAUUGCUCUCUGUCUUAAGGAGUCAACCAGGAUGCUGUUCUCCGUUCUGUUCAGCCUUUUCUCUGCGGUGCUGGACACCUGCUUGACAUUCUGCUUAGAUGGUUUGCCAUGAAUCUGCUGUCUUGAAAAGGCAAGCCUGGACUGGACUCAAUACCUCAAAGUAAACCUUUUCCACAAGGAGGCCAUUUUCUAGUGGCCCACCCCUCCAUCUCUUUCCAGGGUGCUGUGUUGUAUUUGGACUGCAAUGUGAACCAAUUGGUUGGUUGAAAUAUGGUAUAAUAGGCUACUAUGGCACUUAUCUAAGGCCACAAAACCCACUCGACUCAUUAAAGGUAUGUACAUAGGCCGUAUGCUUUGACCAAAUAAGGAAACAAGGCUUCAAGCUGGAGUGCCACAAUAAAGGAUUGGAUAAAACCAGCUGUGUUUUAAAACUUAGUCCAUGAUGUUAAUGCUCAGUGGAUCUCUUCCACGGUGCGAGAAACAUCAGAUAAGCUGCAAGGUCAGAGAAGCACUGACCCAAAAAAACAAUAGAAGGAAUUAGCUAGAGCUCAUGAUGUUCCUUAGGUGGAGGUGCUCCGACUACAGCCUUGUUAAGGUCAGGGUGAGGUUUUAUCUAGACACCGUCAUUCUUACCUCAGGAACUGUCUGAGUCAUCAUUAGAGCUGGUCCACCUCCAUCCCCAGGUGGAACAAGCUUACAUAUUCCAGUAUUCUUAAGCUGCAUCUAAUUACCAGUGUCACUUGUAUAUUACAUGUAUUGCUGUAAACGCUUCAAGAUUUGAUGAAGAAAAAAAUUCUGAUCCUUUGGGAUCUUGACUCUAAGCUUAUUUAAGGUUGUAACCGAUUCACAUAUUAUGGCUGUCAAACUGUUAAAGAUUUCUAUACUGUCAAUUAGCUUUGGCAGGGGAAGUCUAUUGCUGCUAUCUAGUAGGCUAAAGACUGUUGGCAUUAACCCGAAUUAACAGUUACUGACCAUUUUUGUCAUCAUUCUUAGACUGCAUAUGUAGCAUGAAUUUUCUGGUUUCAAAAACUGCAACGCACCAUAUCAUAUAUCACUGUUCUUGUAUUGUGACAUUUUUUUUAUACAGUCUAUUGAAAACCACUGUAAGUGUUUUAUUCAUACGCUAAACGCAGCAUUUGAGACUUCUCCAUACUUAAUGAUUUCUGGAAGUGAUACACUAUUCAUGUCUACAGAUCUAAUGUAUAUAAGAUAAAGUGUCUUGAACUUGCAUCAGCAUGUUAUUACUACUAUAUAAGCUCACCAUGAAGGUCAAUAUUACAGUUGAUUGCUGUAUGUUAUUUCCAGUAAUAUUCUGUGUUAUUAUUAUGUCUGAUGUUUUUUUUGCCAAGAUAUGACUGUUAGUGAAGUGCAUUAGGUAUCUCAUGGACUGUUAUCUUCUCUUUUCAGUGAUUCAAGCAAGUAUGUUAAGAUGUAUGUUAUGAUGUGUAUUGCACUAUAUACAAAGAGAACAUGGCUCAUUUAGCAUCCACUGGUGCUGUUGCAUGUUGAGAUAAUGCAGCGGUGAAUAUUCUGUCCUACUGUAAUGUGGAUUAUUAUGAAAUUCUUGUUUGAUACAUCCAUUAAAUUAAAGUUUAUAAAGCUACAUUAAAGCGUUGUUCUCCCC